GUUUGCGCAUCGGGGCUGCUGAAAUUUCCUGUGAGUUUUGCAACUCCCUCUCGGCUCUGCUUCGGGACUGCCCAGCUCCGGGCGCCAGCCGCUGGAGAGAGACCCACCCAGAGGGGAGAGGCGAGCGGAAAGGGAUUUAUUAUUACUGUUAUUUCACCUCGAGAGGCAUGGACCAGGAGGCAAGGAAGCGGCGAGUCCCGCCGCCGCUGCUCCUGCUGACGCUUGCCUUGGCUCUCCCUCGAGCACAGUCAACAACCUUUAAAAUCACCACUCCUUAUGCGCUCUAUAUCUGCCCUGAGGGUCAGAAGGUCACCUUGACUUGCAAGCUCAGUGGGUCUCUUGCAUCACAACAUGACUCCAUUUACAAAUUUUGGUACUUCAGCAACCAGGGAGACCAGAGCUGCUCCCAGAAAAAACAUGUCCGCAAUGUCUCAGCAAAGGAGCUGCAUCAUGAAUCAGAGAAGCACAAUGGGCAGCGUGUGAGCCACCAUGGUUUGGAAUUCUCCUCGGAUCACCACGGGACGUUUUAUGUCACCAUGACAAACCUUACUCUCAAGGACAGUGGGAACUACUGCUGCUACGUGGUAGAGGCUGAAAAGGAGCACAACAAAGCACAUGCCAAGCAACAGGCUCAUGGUUUCAUGGAACUUCGGAUACAAAAAGCAAAUGCUACUUUCCCAAACUGCACGCUUCAUUCUGCUGCCAGCAUAGAGACUGAAAAUGUCACAGCAGCUGCACUUGCAACAGGGGCCUGCAUUGUGGGCAUUCUGUGCCUUCCCCUAAUUCUGCUCCUCAUUUACAAGCAGAGAAAAGCAAUUGCUAACAGGCGUGCUCACGAACUUGUCAGAAUGGAGAGCAACACCCAUGGCAUCGAGAAUCCUGUCUUUGAUGACAUUCCUACCAUUAAUCUGGAGCCCAAAGCCAGGCCGCAAUUAAGCUACAUGGCUAGCCGCCAGCAAUCAGAGUCAGGUCGACAUCUUCUCUCGGAACCGAAUACUCCACUCUCCCCUCCAGUCCCGGGGGACUGUUUCUUCCCAACACUGGAGCCUGUUCCUGACUCACCAAACACGACAAAUGCAUAAUAAAGUUUUCCAGGAAGAAUGUAUUUCAUGGAAUCUUUGGCCUCAAUUUGGACAAGGGUUUGCCUGCUGCAUUAAACAAACAAACAAGAAGGGGCAGGGAUAGGAAGGGGGGAAAGCUUUUUGAAGACUGUUUCUAAGGGGAAGAAAAAUGGUGGUCUCUGAGGCACUUGGUGCUUUCACUUACUACUCUGUUCCUUAAAUACAGUAUAUCAGGGCAGAAAAUAAGUUCUGGAAGAGGCUGAGGUACUGAAACCUUCUAGGAUUCUGAUGGCUUUUUCUUUUCACAACGCUGAUGAUUUUACGAACAAUUGCUGUGUAUUUUUAAAAAGGUGUAUGGUUUUUAAUACACCAGGACCACGUACAAGACUGGAGAAGAGAUCAAGAAGAUUUCUUAAUUCUAACAGGAACAGGCGGUGGGGAAGAAUUAUGAGUGUUACCACCAUUUGCCUUAAAAACUGAACAGAGAUUUUAACAAUUUUCUCUAUGGAAAUAUGGACUAGAUUAAAAAAAACUUCAAAACUUUCUGUCAGAAAAAAACAUCUUAGGUGUUCUAGGUCUUUCUUUAUAUAAAUUGUAUUGUGUAUAUAUAUAAUUUUAAAAGCGGUGCUUUGGCACAGAUUUUGCUUGUAUCCUGAGUUAAAAAAAAAAAAUACACAUGAAAAUCUCACAGUACCUGGCUGCAGUCUCAACGAAUUUUUCUUUCCUAAAACAUCAUAAUUAUUUUUUUAGCAAAUUUGGCUCUGAACCUGCUCUCCGAAUUCUAUGAAUCAAUCUUUUGAUUUUCUUUUCACUGCUUGCUGCAUGGUACAUGCACAACUAUCAACUAAUCCGGGUGGUGUAGCAAAUAGUCAGCGAAGCAUAAGCAUGUCAAACUAUGAAAAAUUAGAUCUAAUGUCAAAUCUAGUCUGCUGCUGUCACAAAACAAUUGAGACCUAUUUUAUAAAUUUGCCCGGGAUGUGGAUUUUGCAACACACUUAGGACCUGACAGUUGUGACUUUUAAAAACAGAUCUGAAAAUUAAUGUUUCGGUCUAAUCCAAUUUCUAUCAAAACUGCAGUGGUUAUUUCUCAGAGACAUGAGAUAUUCCAAAUGCCUUAGCUCAGAAGCAUGUUUUAACCAGCUCCCGUUAAUCUGGUUUCAUAGUCUAUUUAGCACAUCCAUUGCAAACAGUGGAAACUGCAAGGCAAGGCAAGGUAUGGCAUGGCAUCUCAGGCUCUUUGACUGAUCAUACCAUAUUCAUUAGCGGAUUAAGCCCUUCCAAGGCAUGUGGGUUUGCAGAGAGUAACUAAUGCUUCUAUUUCCAAGAGAGACCUCACAUCAAAAAAUAAUAAUAUACAAAAUAUGUAGGUUGUGAUUAUUUUUAAUACAUUUAUAGGAAUAAAAACCCAGUAAUUUCUAAAUGAUGCUAAGAGAUACAUGCAUGAGACUCUUAAUCUCAGGGUUGUGGGUUCGAGUCUCAUGUUGGGCAAAAACCCCCCUCAGGGGGUUGGGCUAGAUUGACCCUCAUGCUCCCUUCCAACUCCACAAUUCUAUGAUUCCUGCCCCAGCAAUCUUUACUUCUUCCUGCGUUCAGUAUUUAAGUUAUUCUGGAAAGUUUGAAGUUCGUACAGAUUAAGAAGAAGAAAGUUAAGGCGUCUUAAGAAGAAAGAUAUUUGCUGCUUGCCGUAGAUGAGAGAACACAAGGAGUUUGACUGUACAGAUCCUCCAACAUUUAAAAUACAUAUGAAUUAAGAACAGAGAGUGAAGAAAAGAGAAAGCAGACGUAUUAAUGACAUGAGUAAAUUUACUCUUUUAAAUUUAUUUUGCUUGCUCCUGCUAGUAGGAAGCGGUGUGUGUGUGUGUGUGUAAAGGUAACUGUUUGUGUAAAGGUAGGUCUGGGAACGGCUUAUCCUACGUGAACAUACCAGCUGCUCUGAUAGUACUUCUGAAUGUUUUUUAUAUAUAUAUAUAUUAAAUGUUUUGUUGAGAAAAUAAAAGGUUUAUUGCAGCUACAUUUAUCUUUUGCCAUGGGAAAAAAAAGGAUGCGGGCAAGUAAUAUAUUCAUCAAGAACUCCAACAGAAUCCAUAGACCAGACUUCCAACACUCACCGCUGAUCACAUGAAACUGCCUUAUACUGAACCAGACCACUGGUCCGUCAUUACUUAUUCUGACUGGCAAAUCGGUCUCAAGGAGGGCUUUCCUCAUUACCUGCCACCUGACCCUUUUAUCUGGCUGAUGAUGGGGUCCCUCUGCAUGCUUCUCCAAUGCACUGCAACGACCCCUCCCACUCACUGAUAUUUAGGUUUCUAAUAAAGUUAUGAUGUUUCCAUAAAAUAUAAUGAAGUUAGAGUGGAUUGGAAUUGAGUAAUUCAUAGAAUCCCAGACCCGGAAGGAUCCCCAGGGGUCAAUCAGAUGACCUCCCAACCUCUGCUUAAAAACCUCAAAGGAAAGAGAGUCCUUGUUUUUGGGGAAUAACAACUGUAUGAGUGUAAGAUAGCGUAGACCACAGUAUCAAGAUGCAGCCCAUCCCAGUAAUGUCCCAAAUGAAACUUUCACUAGUUCUUUCUCAAGACAGGAGUAUACACUUUUAAGAAUGAGAAAUGACUCAUAUUUGCAGUGAUUGUUAAAUAUUCAAUUGGCAUGGUAACAAACAGCAUCGGAGUAGGCUGCGGAGAUUGGGACUAUACUUCCGGAAUAGUGGCGAGAUGAUAUGAAGGCUUAGCAGAGAAAAUUCCUCAUGGGAGAUGGACAGAAAGCUGUGGAAGUGAUGGUACACUAAAGAUGCUUUGACAGAAUCUGUAAAAAGUCAUGCCACUGCUAAGCAUCCUAGGGUUUAGAAUUAGUGUAGCAUAAUGCACUCCACCAUGCAACUAGUACUGCUGACUAAGGCCAUUUCCUCUUCUUAGUCCAAGAAGGUUCUGGGAAGAAGUUAGCAUAUCUUAAUGUUCAGCAGCUGUUCACUACUACAACUUCGCUCAGCAAUAAAUAAACCACUAGAAAAGAAGGGGGGAAAUGUGCAAAAAGUUGCCAUGCUUCCUUUAUUUUGUUUCCUCUUUUAAUGCUUUAAAAUUUGUGGCUUCUCUGUUCUCAGCACCACUGUAAGUCAUAGCACACUAUCUUAACAGAACUUAUGGGCAGAGAGGAUAUGCAGCAAGCAGGAGCUCAAGAUUAAUUGAUAUUGGCUCAAAUGAUAUCAAUCAUUUGAAUCAUUUGGUUCCCAGAAUCAUUAGGUUGUAUCCAAAUGGCUGUUGCAUGUUGUGGUGCUGGAGAUCAUAUGCAGGAGGAAAAGGGCUUGCGAAAGUAGUAUAUGGUUUUGCUGCAAGACACAGCUUUUUAAUGGUACACUACAUUUCUAAGCAUAUUUUCUAGGCUGAACAUAGUAAAAUUUACUGUCAGUUAAACAUGCUAUGGACUGUGUUUCCAAACUGUUUAGACUAGUGGCGUUCUCAGUCUCUUUUUGGAUCCAGGAUACUGAUUACGUAAUCUCAAAACUCCUCAUCCUAAAAAACAACAACCCUGUGUGGAUGCACAACAGAAGUUACUCACAACCUCUGUUUUAGUUUGAAAGAGAUACACGUGAAAAGAAGAUGUCUAUUAUGUAAAAGUGGCUAAGAGAUGGCCAAAAAUGGGAAGUAUUCAAAAGGAGAAGCUUUGCAUUUACAUUUUCCAAACUUGUUUGUUCCUGUUAUUCUAUGAGCAUGAAAACACGUAGGCUACUUCCCUGUUGUUAUUACACAAAGCAUAAAAUAAUUUAGAGACCAUAAACACAGGAACAACAUUAAUAAUAGUUAGAACUAGAACAUGGUAUCAAAUAUGUGCAAAUAUACUGCAAGGGAAGCAGAUGUUUACUUCACUGACUUGCAUUUCUCCAGUUAUAUCAUCCAGUGGAAAUCAGCACAGAAAAACAACGAACCCCAAAACAAUUGCGAAAUGCACAAUAAGCCAAGUACAUGUGUGAAUGGUGAACUGUACAUCUUGCAUUUCUGGUGUGGAGGAAAAAUAGCUGUUGGAUAGGGCAGCCUCCCAGCUUGCAUUUCAAUACAUGAGAAACCAGACAGACAAGAGACAGAUUAUGAGUUUCAGGAGCAGCCUAAAACUGAAUAAACACUCAUUCUAGUAUGGAACAGGGCAGCUAUCUCAGGUCAACCUGAGAGAAGUUAUUAGUCACCAGGUAAAUCAACAGCCAGAAAUUCUCCUAGCACAAAUAUCUGCAACCAAUCAUUGAACUGGAGUAGAACCAGAAAGUUGGCACUUAAAAUCAAAAAGGUGGCAGAGCACCUUUUAAACUGAUCCCCCCUCUCUCGUAAUACUAGAGUCCUGGGUCAUCCACUGAAUGCUGGGAGAUUCAGGACAGACAAAAGGAAGUGCAGCUUAACAAAGAGCCUAGGUUAAACGAUGGAAAUGGCUCUCACAAGUUGUAGCAAUGGCCACCAACUUGGGACAGCUUUAAAAGGGUAUUAGCCAAAUCCAUGGAAAAUAAAAGUUGUCAAUGACUACUAGCCACAAUGGUGGGCACAUCCUGCCACUGCCAUCUGCAGGUGCGCCUUGCCGCUGUUGCAGGUGCACCACGCUUCUGCCACAACCCCACCCUUGCCUCCUCCACUGUCACGCCCCACCACUGUUGGGCCCCACUGCUGAUGCAGGUGCACCCAUGGAAGAAGUGGCAGCAGGGUACGCCCAUGGAGGUAGAGAUGAUGGAUUU